AUGGCUAUCCGAGUACGGAACCAGAAUACGAAACAUAUCCAACUGCAGAGAGGUGUAAGACAGGGUGAUGUUAUAUCCCCGAAACUCUUCACCGCUGCGUUGGAAGACGUUUUCAAGCUACUGGACUGGAAAGGAUACGGUAUUAACAUCAAUGGCGUGUACAUCACUCACCUUCGAUUUGCCGACGAUAUAGUCCUUAUGGCAGAAUCGCUGGAGGACCUUAGCACUAUGCUCAAUGACCUCAAUGGUGUCUCCCAACGGAUAGGUCUUAAGAUGAACAUGGACAAAACAAAGAUCAUGUUCAAUGUCCAUGUCACACCUAUGCCGGUAGUUGUUGGGAGCACUAUGCUCGAAGUUGUUGACGAGUACGUUUACCUGGGACAAAUAGUCCGACUAGGUAAGUCCAACUUCGACCGCGAGGUCAAUCGACGGAUUCAACUCGGCUGGGCAGCGUUCGGGAAAUUACGACACAUCUUCUCGUCAGGUAUACCUCAAUCUCUGAAAACUAAAGUGUAUAACCAGUGCGUGUUGCCAGUGAUGACUUACGGAUCUGAGACGUGGUCCUUCACCGCUGGCCGUUUGAGGACGCUCAAGGUCGCUCAGCGAGCUAUGGAGAGGGCUAUGCUCGGAGUUUCACUGCGUGAUAGACUCAGAAAUGAGGAUAUCCGCAGUAAAACCAGAGUGACCGACAUAGCCCAACGGAUUAGUAAGCUGAAGUGGCAAUGGGCCGGCCAUAUAGCUCGAAGAACCGAUAACCGAUGGGGAAGAAAGGUUUUCGAGUGGCAGCCUCGUACUGGUAGGCGUAGUGUAGGGCGACCCCCCACUAGAUGGAGUGACGACCUGGUAAGACAUGCAGGAAGUCGAUGGAUGCAGGUGGCUCAGGACCGUGCUUUGUGGCAUUACUUGAGGGAGGCCUAUGUUCAGCAGUGGACUUGUGAAGGGCUGUAA